AUGGCGGAUACUAGCUUAGCUACAAGAAAAGUGAUUCGUUUAGAUAUCAAUAACCUGAAACUAUUAAGAGAUGCUUUGAAGGACAUUCACUUCAUUGAUGCGAACUGGUUUGAUCUUGGAGAGGAGUUAAAUCUACCUUAUCCUCAAUUGAAGAAUAUUGAAGAUACCUAUGUGAAUAAUCCAUCACAUUGCUUGAGGGAAUGUUUGAGCUUGUGGUUGACUUCAGCUAAUAAUCGUACUUGGGAAUCAUUAGCUAGUGCACUUGAGAGAAUGAAUCAGAAACCAGCUGCUUCACUCAUCCGUAAUACAUAUGAUGAUCCUGCUAGUCAGAUAAUCCAGCAUUACAGUGAUAGAAUAUCACAAGUAUCUCUCACUGAUAGUUGUAUCCAGUUGUUAUGUACAGAAGGAUUAAUCACUGAGGAUACACAAAGGAAGAUUGAGAGAUGCGGUGGCUCAUUAAGUGAUACAUUAAGAGAAUUAAUGAUUGCAGUAUCUGAUGAUCACGGUAAGCUGAGGUCACUAGGAAAUAUAUUGAUGGAAUUAGAAGAAACUAAACCUUUAGCUCAAGAUAUUAUUAAUGACUAUGAAAAAAUAAUAGCUAAGGCUAAUUGA